GUGUCCUGGGUGUCCCUGCAGAAGAGAGGAGACUUCGGUGUCCUCAGUGCCGGUUCAGGAGGACGAGUGCUGCUGUGGACGUUGGACUCUGACCAGGGACGGUUUGUCCUGGACGCCGCCUUCGCCUUCGUGCGUCAGCAGGUCCCUCACGGAGUCAAGACUCGGGGCAGCAGCACUGUGGGCGUCACCUCCCUGGCUCUCUCUCCCUGGGACUCCGACACCUUCCUGGUCGGCUCCGAGGGCGGCCUCCUGCUCCGCUGCUCCUUCUCCUCCACGACGCCAGCCGCCGUCUCCUCCGAGGGUCAGAGCGUGACCCCGAGGGCCCCGGCCGUCUUCUCCUUCCGGCCCUGCAGCGGCCCCGUCCACUCCAUACACUGCUCCCCUUUUCACAGGAACUUGUUUGUGAGCGCGGGGACGGACGGUCUGGCCCACGUCCACUCGCUGCUGCAGGUCAACCCGCUCCUCUCGCUCAGGGUCUCCGACUCCUACGUGUUUCAGGUGCAGUGGUCUCCGACCAGACCGCUGGUGUUCGCCGCAGCCACAGGACAAGGUAAAGUGCAGAUAUUUGACCUGGGCCGCAGAUCUCUCAGACCAGCGGCCACCAUCGAGCAGGGAGGAGCCGGACACGCUGCUACGAGUCUGGCCUUCAACGCUCAGAACCCUCACCUGAUGGCCGUGGGAAACACGGACGGAACGGUCGGCGUUUGGCAGCUGAGCGCCGACCUGUCGGAGCAGAGCCCGAGAGAGAGCAGCCAGCUGGAGCAGAUCGCCAACCAGGUGGCUGAGUAACGUCCGGACAGUUUCCUGCUCCUGUGAUGGUGUCGAGUGUGGAAGUGAAAUAAAAAGCAGCAGUUUCCAGUUGUAA